GCGGCGGCGAGAGAGAGGAAUCAGCUACAAAACCAACCUCGUAGGGAUCUGCGCUAACCGAAACUUGUCACUACUGUGGAAAGAAUUGAAUCCGUCACCGUUACUCAAGUUUUCUGUCCUGCGGAAAGUUGACUCACAGAUUUCCACGAUGGCUCUGUAUCCGUCGCUCGAAGACAUGAAGGUGGACCAGAUGAUGCGAGCUCAAGAGUUCCAAGCCUCCUCAGCUCCCCCAGCGUACACGUCGACCCCGGUGCCGAGCAGCCAGCUUGUGUUAUAUCCAACCUUGGACGACUACAUGGGACUGUCGCUCCAGACGGUGCAAUCCCUGACUCCAGCGCAGGGAAUGAUUGCCCCCCUGACCGGAAAUAGCGCCGGUCUACAGAGAGGCCAAAUCAACCAUGGUGUCCGUGAAGUCGUUCUCUGCAAAGAUCAUCGCGGCAAGGUCGGCCUCCGUCUCGAAGCUCUGAACAAAGGCGUAUUCGUAGUGCUCGUCGAGAAAGAUACUCCAGCUUCCAUGGUCGGACUGCGUUUCGGGGAUCAGGUGCUCAGCAUCAACGAUGAGUACGUCGCCGGCUACAGCCUGAGUAAGGUACACGACGUAAUUCGGAAGGCGUCGGAGACCUGCAUCACGAUGGCCAUUCGGGAUCGACCUUUCGAAAGAGUUGUCACAAUGGUGAAAGACAGCAACAACUAUUGCGGAUUCGACAUUCGCGACGGAAAAGUCACGACCCUCUUGAAAGACAGUUCUGCCGCCCGGAACGGCCUCUUGACUGAGCACCACAUCCUCGAGGUCAACGGACAAAACGUGGUCGGGAUGAAAGAUUCCUACACGAGGGAACUCAUCCGCUCUUCUCCUCAAGCAAUCACCAUCACCAUAAUGCCCUCGGUGAUAUUCGAGCACCUUUUGAAAUACACGUCCGGUGGACUCCUGAAGAAACUCAUGGACAGAAGCAUCCCUGAAUUCUAGAUCAAGGAUUCCAGCAAGUGGAGCCCACACGCUGCAGCUCGUGACGAGGUCCACAAGGGGAGACGACUCCUUUUAAUGUGAUCGACUAUCUGAUGGAUGGAAAGGCAGCAUAUAAUUUCGUGAAAAGCAGUAUUCGAGGAGGAAAGCUCCCUUCGUGAAGGAACCGAAACCAAAAAGCGAUGAUCCGGCGAUGGAAAUUCCGCCGUACGGUUGAACUGCCUUGUUGGUCUACCGUCGCCGUUCUGUCCUCAUCUCCUACUCUAUGUACUUCAUAAACAGCUUUUCCACGUCCAGACUGCCCGAUACGAACCCAGAGAGGCAACUUUCUCUUUGUUAGGUCGCCUGAGGCAGCGCAUCUGUUAGCAGGGAACUUUGACGUUUUACAACUGAUCACGUGAUCGCACGAUACUGAGGUCGGACCCGAAAAUAUUGAUAAUAAUAAAGCCUUGCGA